AGAGUUUAUUCAUGUUUGGUUCUUCUUUUACUAUUUCUUUAUGUCACUUUUAGAAAAAGGAUGAGAAAACGAGGUGUUGGAGUUGCUGCAGCGAAAAACAAAUCUCUUGCGGAGGCUCGUUACAAAAACAAAGGCAAUGAACUGGAACAAAGUCAGCUGGCUGAGAUGGCCAAGCAGAUGGAAAUGUUCAAGGUGAACCUAGAAGACUUUGCUGCUAAACACAAAGAUGACAUUAAAAAGGACCCCCAGUUCAGAGUCAACUUCCAAGAGAUGUGUGCUUCCAUAGGAGUGGAUCCACUGGCAUCCAGUAAAGGGUUCUGGGCUGAGAUGUUGGGAGUGGGAGAUUUUUACUAUGAGUUGGGAGUACAGAUUAUUGAAGUGUGUAUGGCAACCAACCACAGGAAUGGAGGAUUAAUCAGUAUAGAGGAACUAAGGGACAAAGUGACGGCCUCCAGGGGAAAGAAAAGUCAGCCCAUUAGUAUAGAUGAUCUCCUGCGUGCAAUAAAGAAACUGAAGAUUCUGGGUAAUGGAUUCACGGUGAUAGCCCUAGGGAAGAGUUAUAUGGUACAGAGUGUACCAGGGGAGCUAACUAUGGACCACACCAAACUACUGCAAGAAGCUCAGAAUGAGGGAUUUGUGUCCAAGAAAUCUCUGAUGUCUUCUUUGAAGUGGGAAGAGGAACGUGCUUCCAGAGCCUUGGAGUACAUGGUGAAGGAAGGCCUGGCUUGGGUAGAUGACCAAGCCUCGGACGGCAGACAAUACUGGUUUCCGAGUUUCUUCCCAGAAAUCUCCUCUGUCACAUGACACCAUUUUGCAGUCUUAGACAAAUAUUAUAAAUAUUAACUUGUAUCUUGUACAUGUUUGGUGCAUUGUGUGCAGAGUUUGUCA